UCCAAAAAUGUCAGGAGGAAGAUGAUGAUGCCAGCGAAGCGCUAAGCAAACCACAAAAGCUCUAAUCAUCAAUGGCAGUCUCCUCCUCCUCCUCGGGCUCUGCCAAUGCCCUAGCGUGCUUCCACGCCUCCCUCCUCGCGCCCCAAACCCGAAGAACAGCGGUGGCGUCAGCUUCGCCGCGUCGCGAUUCCGUCAGGAUGCGCGCCUCUACUGCUGCGCCGGUGGAGCUGAAGAAGACCGUCUGGGUGUGGACCGAGAAUCGGCAGGUUAUGAAGGCGGCCGUGGAGAGGGGGUGGAGCACUUUCCUCUUCGGAUCCAAAGAUCUCGGCGAGGAUUGGUCAUCUACUGCUCGCAUCAAUCCUCUCUUUAUUGAUGGUCCAGAGAUUUUCGAUGGCGAAAAUCAAAAAGUUGCUGAAAUUUCGCAAGUCUCUUCACCCAGAGAGCUUGAACUCGUACAACCAGACAAUGUAGAAGUCAAGAACAUUGUCAUAGACUUUCGAGGUGGUUGGCAGGUUAUACCGGCCGAAAAUAUAGUUGCUGCAUUCCAAGGAUGUAGAGGAACUGUAUUGGCUGUUUCAACAAAUUCAACUGAGGCUCAAGUUUUUCUUGAGGCCUUAGAGCAAGGGCUUGAUGGAGUUGUACUUAAAGUAGAUGAAAUGGAUGAUAUCAUUAAGCUCAAGGAUUAUUUUGACAGAAGGAAUGAGGCAAAGAGUCAAUUACCAUUGACAAAGGCUACUGUAUCAAAGGUUGAAGUUGUUGGUAUGGGUGAUCGUGUUUGUGUGGACCUUUGCAGUAUGAUGCGACCUGGUGAAGGCCUUCUGGUUUGUGUUGGAUCCUAUGCAAGAGGAAUGUUCCUUGUUCACUCUGAAUGCUUGGAGACGAACUACAUUGCAAGCAGGCCUUUCAGGGUCAAUGCGGGGCCUGUGCAUGCAUAUGUCACUGUCCCUGGGGGCAAGACUAGCUACCUCUCUGAGUUGCGAUCAGGAAAGGAAAUCAUUGUGGUUGAUCAACAUGGGCUAUGGCGUACUGCGAUUGUGGGUCGUGUGAAGAUUGAAUCAAGGCCUCUCGUCCUUGUAGAAGCAAAGGACAACUCUGGAGACGAUACGUAUAGCAUUUUCCUACAGAAUGCAGAGACGGUUGCGCUCAUCACCGACGACACAGGAUCAAGUGGAAGAACUGCUAUUCCUGUGACUUCGCUGACAGUCGGUGAUGAAGUUUUGGUGAGGAAACAGGGUGGCGCUCGUCACACUGGGAUAGAGAUUCAGGAGUUCAUUGUCGAGAAAUGAAAACAGAACGCAGAAUGCAGCUGUUACCUGCUACCAACUUUCGUUUUGCCCAAAACAAUUUAUGUAUGGAUGCAACUUGCGCACCAAAUUUCGAGUGAAAAAAGCGGGGGAAACUGUGUCAAAAAAAAACUUGCACACGAAA